GAAGAAAAAUCGUAAACAUGGUGAAUCUUUGCAAUGAUUUAUGGGAGAAUGUAAAAGAGAAAGAAGAAGCACAAGCAGUAAAGGGUUAUGCAACAAUAGCACUCUAUCUAACUUAUGGUUUUGCUAUAAAUGUUUUUUUUGCCCUAAUAGGUUUAAUAAUUCAACCAUUAUUUUCCCAAUUCGUCUACGACACAAAUGGAACAAUGAUAGUCAGCAAGCAAUUGCCAUAUUCAAGUGGAAUAUUUCAUGAGAACGUUAGAAUUUUUAAUAUUUGGUUUCUACUGCAAAUUCCAGCUGGACUAAUAAGUAUUAUGCCACUUAUUGCAAUUGCCACUGCUAUACCCUUCUUUGUCUUUCACGCAUGUGCCCAUUUUAAAUUGUUACAAUAUCAAAUUUCUAAAUUGAAGUCAGAAAAUAGUGGACAUAGUGUUGAAGAUGGCAAAUCACGAAGUACUUUUAAGCAAAUAGUGGGAGUCGUCAAGCAGCAUCAACGAGUUUUGAAUUAUGCUGCUGCAGUGGAAGACGUCUUUAGUUCAGUAGUACUUAUCCAAACUGUUAUGAGUAUCACUGCUAUCUGUGCAUUUGGAUUUAAUCUCUUGAUGGUCACUAGUAUGAACAUUGCACAAUGUGCUUAUGAUUCUUCUUGGUAUAAUUGGACAAAGAGAGAGAGGAAACUCAUCGAAAUUAUUACACUUCGAUCUCAAAGGGCUGCGUACUUGUCGGCGGGAAAGUUCUCCUACAUGUCCUUAAACGCCUUCUCCUCAGUAAGAAUUAUUAGUGUUAAUAUAACUGCAAGAAAAUUAUGA